GACAUGCACUGCACGGAGACUCCGUUACUGCUGGGGCUGGGAAACGUGGCGGAGAGUCAACACAGCAUUUCAGAGGAGGUGAAAUUGGACGGACAUGUGGAAUAGGAGAAAAAAGAGGCACAGACUCCGGGAUGCCACGAGCUGUCUCACUGCUGCCCUUCCUUCUCGUGUUCAUGGGAUACGCUUUUGCAGAGCUGAAUAUCUGGCCUUCCUUCCAUGUUGCCCUGAGCAGCGGCAGUGUGUUUGUGGACUUCAGUGCAAAAUGCAAUGGCACCAUGAAGUGCGACCUGAGCCUCUCUCUGGUCAAUGUGGAAACCAACACCACCCUCCAGACCAGGACGCUUCCUAAGAACCAACAGGCCGGCAGGGUGGAGUUCGACUGCUCCUGCUUCCUGUAUGCCGGAGCUUUCCGGUUCCUGCUGAGGCAGACCAGCAUCACCACGGUUUCUAAUGCUAGAGGCUCAAACACCAGCAGCAAGGAGAACACGGCCUGGUGGUGGAGUUCAGAACUACAGGUGCAGUGGCCCACUUUUCACAUUGCUGUGGAGAGAGUAGGAAACCACUCAGGAUCCUUUCAGGUUGGAAUAUCCACUAGUGAACACUUUCAGGCUUGCUCCAGUGGCACCGACUCUGAUCUCUUUCUCGAGGUCAGCUAUGUGGAGUAUAACCAGAUAGGGCGAAACAGCAUCGACAAGGUCCGAGCCCGGACACGGCAUCCAAUCAGACCCCUGCGCUCGCAGAGUAUCGAGCUGUCCUGUGCCUUUCCAUUCACAGAAAGAGACUUCAUAAGAGUGGCUUUGCGCUCUCCUCACACGACACAGGAAGUGAAGAGCUCUGGACCUCUGUACCUGUCUCGCAUCUUCUCUUACAAACUGCUGGUGGAAAAUGCUCAUGCUUACAAGAGUGGCUGCGAAGGAACUAUGACUGUAAAACUGAUAACCCCACCGUGCGCUCACAUCAGCGGAAAAGUGUUACUGUACAGUGAUGCAGGAGCUGGAAGAGGCGUUGCCGGUUCCUCUGCAGUGGUGGGAUUUGGACCAGAGGAGCAGUCGUCUCCUCCACUGGCCUUUAACUGGCUGACUCAGGGAGAGAACGAGACAGAGUUCAACUGUUCUGUGUUUUAUCCGGGAAGGAAUAAGUACUGCUUUCGCUUUGUUUUCAACUUCAGCCGUUCCCCAAGUCCGGCGCAGACUUGUCUGGUGGUUUACAAGAGUGCAGAGUCAUGGGGGCCCUGGCAGCCGUGGAGUAUGUGUAGCGUGAGCUGUGGAGAGGGAGUGAGGGAGCGAGAGCGGGAGUGUUUACUGCCCUCAGGUGUGGGAGGCUUACAGUGCACUGGCAUGGUGAAGGAACAGUCCCUCUGCUCACUGGAAGACUGCGCUGUGGCGCCUGCUCCUUCUCCGUCUGCUCCUCCUGUGGAUGUUGGAGUCGCACCUCUUGGCGGUAACAUGGUGGUCGUGGCAGGCAUCUCCCUUUGCCUGGCUGUGAUCAUGGUCACCAUUGUGGUGACUGUGUGGCGAAAGUUUUGUCAGACCCCUCAGUGCAGCUCCGUGCGCCGAGGCUCCAUGCAUUCCCCCGGGGGGCGCAAGCUCUCGGAUGAGGCCUCCAUCUGUGGGCACAGUCUCCAAAGACCCAGCCUGUCUGAUGGUCACGGCCCAUCAGUGGGGGUGAGCGUGGGAAUAUCACAGACAGAUAGACCUCCCCUGGGGGGACAGCCUCUCUCACAGACCCUGGUCAUACCACUAUCACAAGAUCCAGAGAGGCUGUCUCCCACAGGCCAGAAGAUGCUGCCAACAAUAUUUGGGUAUAGACUGGCUCAGCAGCAGUUAAAAGAAAUGAAAAAGAAGGGGUUGAAGGAGGCGACACAGUUGUACCACGUCUCUUCAAGCCCUGUCCAUGACACAGUGGUGGAGACAUCUGCUACGCCCACCAGCUCCCCCAUUCCCACGCCGACUGGUUUUGCUCACUCUGCUCUUCCUCUGAGCCCAAUGGACGAAGCUGCCCAAAACCGUUUUCACAUCGCAGCUCCUUUUUCUGAGCUGCCACCACAGACGUCUAGGACCACACCAAACAGGCUGAGUCCGAGAGUGGACGUGGUCUUAGGUCCUCCCGUCUCUGCUCAUGCAAGCGUGGGCAGCUCAAGAUGGCGUGACCGCACAGCUGAUUGGGUUGAGAUGGUCGAGAGGAGUGGAUUGGCAGGUCGAAGAGGAGGAGGAGGAGGAGAUGGAGCAGUAGGAAUGUCCUAUCAUAAGAAUCCAAAUUUCCGGCGGACCUCCAGUUUUAAUGACACCAAACUCCAACAACAAUCAUCUGCACAGUUCAGAGAAAGGAGCAUGACCCAGGUGGGAUCUCGUACUCUUCCUGAAGGAAGUAGUUGGACUAAACGAGGUUGGGAGAGACAGCUAUACCAAGCUUACCCCAUUCCUGAGCACACGGUGUCAGAGCAGAAACCCAGAGCAGUCUUUUCUCAGAAUAAUGGCCUCAAACACAUAGGAACCAACACCAACAGUUUUUCAGCACCUGAACGUGCAACCUCCGACCUCAGUGGCUUCGUGGAAAAGCAAAAGACUGUCCAGCCAGUGGGUGGAGGCAGAGAGCUUGUUUCAGGAAUUGGGGGUCCAGCCACGGGGCCACCCCCUUCUCAUGGAAGAAGCCUUUUAGAAGUAGACCGAGCACAGCGUGCUGAGCAGAACUGGAACCGUCGUGGCCCGUCACCGAUCCAGAGGAACAUGCUGGCCCGGAAGUUAAAGGAGGCUCAGGCUCAGGCCAGUUCUGGGGUCAAAGGUCGUCAGCGCAGCUCCACCUUCAGUGUAUCAUCCAUGGAGCAAAGAAGAGAUCGUUGUCGCUCCCUGCCAAUGCCUGAGGACUACAGCAGUGGCGCCGGCUCCUCCUACAGGCUGAGCAAGGCAGAACAAAGGAUGCUGGACCUGGAUCUGUCCUCAACAUGUGUAGGGGACGUCGAGUAGAUCAACACUGGACAGAAGCUGCUCAUACAGUUGAAAUUUUUUUCUUCAAGCCUUCUCCUCUAAAACAUAAUGUAUUUAUGUGACAAAUUCUUCUGUGGGAGCAAAUGUGUAUUUAAUGAUUUUUUUUAAAAGUUCAUUUCAUUUCAUAAGAUUCUAAUUGCAUUUUAUAUUGUGUGUUUUGUAAUAUUGCAUUUUUUGUUUACUUAAGUCUUCCCUCUUUUCAGUGCACUUUGAAAAUACUACCUUGUUUUUAUAUCAAACACUGGGACAAAAAAAUAUCUGUGAACUCACAUAUUGGUUUCUGUGCUCAGGACUUGGUAAUGACUGUAUCCAAAAUUACACUUAAAACUCCUUUGUUACAGUUGUUUUUAUCAUAUCUGUCACACCUCAUCGUGUCUUAUAUCAUAUCUCCUACCACUCUGGAAUAAUCAGAGCAAUAGUAUGUAUUUUGAGUAAACAUCAGGGAGGCUGAAAUGCUGUUUACUUUAAUGUUUUGGUAGUGUACACUUUACAGAGAGAAAUGCUCAAAAGAAAAAUAGAAAAAAACACAACAUAAGUGAUGGUUGAUGAUAAAUUCAAAUAAUAGAAAGGGAGAAAUUAAUGUAGUGACAGCUGAAACCUUUUCUGUGUUAUCUGUUUACAUGAUGCAAGUGAAUG